AUGCUCUCCUAUCGACAGUACUGCUUCUUCGUGUUGACAUUAUUGUGCUUAUUCGGAUUAAUAGAAGCACAAUACGGCUAUAACCGAUACGCCAGCUAUGGUCGCUAUAACAACAACUACUACCCGAAUCAGUACUAUGGACGUCAACAAUCCAACUGGGGCUACAAUCGAGGGGGCUACGGUAGCUAUGGUAACUACGGUAACUAUGGAGUGAAUCGUGGAUACUAUGCACAGCCCGCUGGAGGUGGUCUCUUCUCAAGGGGCCCCAACCCUCAAGGCUUCUUCGUCUUCUGCGAGGGCAAAGCUUGCCAGGGCCGGAAUUUCCUGAUGGGA